AUGUCUAUUAAUUCUAUUUUUCAAUUCCCGGAAAUCUCCAAAGAGCUUCUUCAAAUCUGGAGAGAAUCGCUUCUGAAAUUGCUCUCCACGCCUUCUGAAGACUCAAAGAAAAUGGAGACACUCCGUGCAACUGGAAAAUCAUUAGUACUCACUUUUCUUGAGAAAGGAGACUCUUGGAAAAUUGGAAGUGAUCCGUGCUCUGCGGAAGUAGCAAUUCCAAAGUCCCCGGUCCAGAAGGAAAACGUUGCACCGGCUCCAGAGGUAUAUUUGAGAAGAAAUCGUAAUUGA